AUGACAUCUCCAAAGUUUGUCUUCUAUCUGACAUGUUUGUUCUUGGGGAAAAUGGUUCAGACGACCGAUCUGAAUUUCUCCUCAUCUGUUCAUCAAGAGAAUAGUUUUCUAUCAGUUCAAACUGGGGAAAACUUGACGUUGCAAUGUUCCUAUGAAGACGUUUUUGCAGUAAGGCUUUACUGGUAUAAACAGAUUAUUGGACAGAAACUGAGGCACAUCUCUACCUUCUACAAGUACGACAGAAAAGCAACUUUUCAUGCUGAAUUCAAGAAUCCACGCUUCACAUUGGACGCUGCAGUCGGUAAAUAUCACUUGAGGAUAACAGAUCUGCAAAUUUCGGACUCAGCUACUUACUACUGCGCAAGUAGCUAUACAGUCGACUUGGAUUUCAAGGAGGGCACUUUUGUCAGUGUAAAGGAUUCAGGUUUGAACGUCGCAGCUUUGGUCCAUCAGUCAGCAUCUGAGACCAUCCAGACAGGAGGCUCUGUGACUCUGAACUGUACAGUUCACACUGGGACCUGUGAUGGACAACACAGUGUUUACUGGUUCAAAGACUCUGAAGCAUCUCAUCCAGGACUCAUUUACACUGAUGGAGGCAGGAAUGAUCAGUGUGAGAGGAAACCCAACACACAGACACACACCUGUGUCUACAACCUGCCGAUGAAGAGCCUGAAUCCGUCUCAUGCUGGGACUUACUACUGUGCUGUUGCCUCGUGUGGACACAUACUGUUUGGAGACGGGACCAAGCUGGACUUUGAGGAUGAGGAGGACUCUCUUGUCUUGGUGUAUUUCUUGAGUGGAGCUUUAGCAUUCACUAUCAUCCUGAGUGUCUUACUGGUUUUCUUACUGUGCAUGAUGAACAAGAGAAACCGCUGUGAAUGUACAGAGUCUCAUGCAAGAUGUUCAGCUCCCACCACAACAAAUGCAGAGGGUUACCAACAUGCAGAAAUCCUGUAUUAUGCGUCUUUAAGUGUCCACCUGCACAACGGAUCAAGAAGACAGAGGGAUCAGACCUGGAGUGAAUGUGUGUACUACAGCGUGAAGCAGUAGAACUGGACAAAUUACAUUUGUACUUUUGAGCAAGACAGUGUUUUCUCUUUUAAAGUGAAAUGGAGAUUUAUAUCUUAGUUGGAAAUCAAUAGGAUUUUAUAUCGUCUUCGUAGUCUGCAGCCAAU